UUUGAUAAUAACCAGGCAGUGGACGCCGCGGUUCGGAUUUUGAAAGAAGGAGGAGUGGAUGCCAUAAAACUGGAAGGACGUUCACCAUCAAGAAUCGUUGCAGCAAAGGCUAUUGUUGAAGUUGGAAUAGCUGUGAUUGGGCAUGUUGGACUUACUCCACAGGCUAUUAGUGUUUUAGGUGGAUUUAGGCCCCAAGGAAGAAAUGUUGCUAGUGCUGUCAAGGUUGUCGAGUCGGCGUUGGCUUUUCAAAAGGCAGAGUGUUUUGCCGUUGUUCUUGAAUGUGUGCCUGCACCGGUGGCUGCCACAACAACAGCGGCGCUUCAAAUUCCUACGAUUGGAAUAGGUGCUGGACCUUAUUGCAAUGGACAGGUCAGGGUUUCAAUUUUAGCUGAUAUUCGUCUAUGUUUGGAUUGAUGGUGAGUUAGUCAGAAUCAUGAUGUGCUACUAUGAUUUUGGCAAAAGAUGUACUUUGUAGCUUCAACAAAAUCAUGUCGCCACUUGUAAGUCAAUUUCGACCAAUCUCUCUCUGUAAUGUUUCUUACAAAACUAUUACAAAGAUUGUGGUUAAUCGAUUGAAGAAAAUUAUCCCUAAGGUGGUGUCCCUCUUUCAAACCGGCUUCGUGGCAGGGCGAAAUAUACAUGAAAAUAUUGUGAUAGCGCAAGAGAUGCUUCAUAGCAUGACAAAAAUGAAGAGUAAAGUGGGCUAUUUUGUGAUCAAAGUUGAUUUAUCUAAGGCAUAUGAUCGGCUCAAUUGGUAUUUUAUUCAUAGAAUGUUGUUAGAAGUGAAAAUUCCAAUUGAGAUGAUUAAUAUUUUUAUGAGUUGUGUCACCUAUGUGAAGAGUAAUGUUCUUUGGAAUGGCGCCAGGUCGGAUUUCUUUACUCCGCAUUGUGGUGUCAGACAAGGGGACCCAAUGUAACCUUACCUUUUUGUGUUGUGUAUGGAUAAACUUUCUCAUCUCUCAUCUCUCAUUGUUGAAGCCUAUGCGUGCCGGUAGAAAUGGGCCGUUAAUCUCACAUCUCAUGUUUGCGGAUGACCUUCUCCUCUUUGGUCAAGCAACAGAUGAUAAUAUGACAACAGUUAUGGAUGUACUACAGACUUUUUGUGCUAUGUCGGGCCAACAAGUCAAUUAUGAUAAGUCCUCCAUAUUCUUCUCUCGCAACGUUCAUACUAGUAAGCGUUCUAAUUUGAGUAUGCAGUCCGGACUAAAGGAAACCACAAGCCUGGGCAAUAAUCUAGGAGGUAAUGCUCGAGUACUGAAGUUGAGAUGACUCUAUUUUUUUGCAGGUUACCCCAAAAUUUUGUAAACAGUAUGCUCGUGUUGGCGAUGUCAUCAAUAAAGCCUUACUUGAUUCUAAGGAAGCUGUGAUAAAUGGUUCAUUUCCUGAUGUUCAACAUAGUCCAUACAAAAUCAGUGAAACCGAUGGUAAUGGUUUCUUAAAUGAGGUACAAAAGUUAGGUUUCGACAAGGCAGCAUCUGCGGCGUCUGAAGCAGUGAUCAGAAGAUGGUUACAAAAUCAACAAAGUGACAAUUUAGUAAAGCUCCCGAUUGCUCCUUCGUUUUUCAUUUGAUGUUCUUCGUAAGUGAAAAGAACUUGAACUGGACAAAUUGAUAGAUUUACGCCAUUUUCUUACGGCAUACUGUUUCAAUUUCUCAAAUUCAUGAAAUUUUCUUGAGAUGCUACAGACAACUUUUUCUUAUCGUAUAUGAAGCUUCCUAUCAGCAAA